ACCCCAAACGCUCCCGAUAACCAAGCUCACCGCCGGCCAGCUUCUGCCUGUCACCCACCGUCCGCCGCCGCCGCCGCCGCCGCUUCUUUCGUUAUUUUUUCUUCUUUCUCUCGUUCUUAACUCCUCCUGUCUUUGUAUUUUACUGCCUUUGCCAGCUCCGUUUCCUACCCUUCUCCUUCGCCGGAUCUCGUAAAUUCCGUCGGUGCAUGUGAUCAGACGAACAGAAGCUCUGUGUGUGAUAGGGAAAAAUAAUCGUAGAGAUCUCUAAUAACAAGAACGAAUUGACCUGACCUAUCUAUCUCCCUCCCAUUUGAUUUCUCUUGGAUCUGAGACUCUGUAACUGUUUUGUUUGGAUUCGAACUCUUUUUUCUUCAAUCCGUUUGAAUUUUCCGAGAAUCAGUUUGGCCGUUCCGAAAAUGUCGGGUACUGGGACUAUGAGCAAUCUGCUUCAGCAAGGGGCUACCGCUAGCUCAGCAUCGCCGCUGCUUCAGCCAAACAAGGCGUCGUCCCCUGUAUUCGCCGUCCCUUCAUAUUCUUCUCGCCGAGGAGGGACGACGCGAUGUCGCUCCGUCGCCGCCAGGAACGGUUUGGAGAAAUCGAAGCUCUUCGGGACGCGAUUGAGGCCUCACGUAGCGGAGAGGCUGCACGUGUGGCAGUCGGACGGGCCGGGGAGGUCACCGAAGCUCCGGGUGGUGGUUCGGUCCGCAUUGUCCGGUGUGCCGGAGAAGCCCCUCGGUCUUUACGAUCCGUCUUACGAUAAGGACUCUUGCGGUGUGGGAUUCGUCGCGGAGUUGUCCGGCGACAGCAAUCGGAAGACGGUAACCGAUGCGGUGGAAAUGUUGGUUCGCAUGACCCACAGGGGAGCUUGUGGCUGCGAAGCGAAUACCGGCGACGGAGCUGGGAUUCUCGUCGGCCUUCCUCACGGUUUCUACAAAGAGGUUACGAAGGAUCUUGGGUUUGAGCUUCCUCCGCCGGGAGAAUAUGCAGUUGGAAUGUUCUUUUUGCCCACCUCAGACAACCGCAGGGAGGAAAGCAAAAAUGUGUUUACUAAGGUUGCCGAGUCGCUUGGCCAUACAGUUCUUGGAUGGCGGCCUGUACCGACAGAUAACUCUGGGUUGGGGCAGUCUGCUUUGCAGACAGAGCCUGUGAUCGAGCAGGUCUUCCUCACCCCGACUCCUAGGUCUAAAGCUGAUUUUGAACAGCAGAUGUAUAUAUUACGGAGGGUAUCCAUGGUAGCAAUCCGCGCUGCACUGAACCUCCAACAUGGUGCUGUCCGUGACUUCUAUAUAUGUUCUCUGUCAUCUAGGACCGUUGUUUACAAAGGUCAGCUGAAGCCUGUACAGCUGUCGGAAUACUACUAUGCGGAUCUUGGGAAUGAAAGGUUUACGAGCUACAUGGCCCUGGUACACUCUCGCUUUUCGACCAACACUUUCCCUAGCUGGGAUCGUGCUCAACCAAUGCGUGUCUUGGGCCACAACGGUGAAAUCAACACUCUUAGGGGCAAUGUAAAUUGGAUGAGAGCACGUGAGGGUCUACUGAAAUGCAAGGAGCUUGGGCUCUCUAAGAACGAGAUGAAGAAGCUCUUGCCAAUUGUUGAUGCUAGUUCAUCCGACUCUGGGGCAUUUGAUGGUGUCCUCGAACUUCUGGUUCGAGCUGGGAGAAGUCUCCCUGAAGCUGUCAUGAUGAUGAUCCCUGAAGCCUGGCAAAAUGAUAUGAACAUGGACCCACAAAGGAAAGCAUUAUACGAGUACUUCUCUUGUCUCAUGGAGCCAUGGGAUGGGCCUGCACUUGUCUCCUUCACUGAUGGCCACUAUCUUGGAGCUACACUAGAUCGCAAUGGCUUGCGUCCGGGCAGGUUCUAUGUAACUCGAAGUGGGAGAGUUAUCAUGGCCAGUGAAGUUGGUGUUGUUGACGUACCUCCUGAAGAUGUGCUCAGGAAAGGAAGGCUUAACCCUGGAAUGAUGCUUCUGGUGGAUUUUGAGAAGCACAUUGUUGUAGAUGAUGAAGCAUUGAAGCAACAAUACUCUCUAUCAAGGCCAUAUGGCGACUGGCUGAAGAGGCAAAAGAUUGAACUGAAGGAUAUAAUUGAGACAAUUCCUGAAGCUGACAGAGUUCCCCCAGAGUUGGCGGGUGUUGUUUCAGCUUCAAAUAACGAUGAGAACAUGGAGAACAUGGGAAUUCAUGGUUUGCUGGCGCCAUUGAAAGCUUUUGGCUAUACGGUGGAAGCCUUGGAGAUGUUGUUGCUUCCCAUGGCAAAAGAUGGCAGCGAGGCUCUUGGCUCUAUGGGAAAUGAUACUCCACUGGCUGUUAUGUCUGACAGAGAAAAGCUCACUUACGAAUAUUUUAAGCAAAUGUUCGCUCAAGUUACAAACCCUCCAAUUGACCCUAUUAGAGAGAAAAUUGUCACUUCAACGGAAUGCAUGAUUGGCCCUGAAGGUGAUCUGACAGAAACAACUGAAGAGCAAUGCCACCGCCUCUCACUGAAGGGCCCUCUCCUGACAAUCGAUGAAGUCGAGGCUGUUAAGAAGAUGAACUACAGGGGUUGGCGGAGCAAAGUUCUCGACAUAACUUAUUCAAGGGACAGUGGCAGGAAGGGAUUGGAGGAAACCUUGGAUAGGAUUUGUGCUGAAGCACAUUCUGCAAUCAAGGAAGGUUACACCUUGCUAGUUCUUUCUGAUAGAGCCUUUUCUUCCACGAGGGUGGCUGUAAGCUCUCUCUUGGCUGUUGGUGCGGUCCAUCAUCACCUUGUGAGAAAGCUUGAGCGAACUCAAGUAGGUUUGAUUGUGGAGUCUGCAGAACCACGUGAAGUUCAUCAUUUCUGUACUUUGGUUGGAUUUGGUGCAGAUGCUAUAUGCCCAUACUUGGCCGUAGAGGCUAUUUGGAGACUCCAGGUUGAUGGGAAAAUUCCUCCAAAAUCUAAUGGAGAAUUUCACUCGAAGAAUGAGUUGGUGAAAAAGUAUUUCAAAGCAAGCAACUAUGGCAUGAUGAAGGUUCUUGCCAAAAUGGGGAUAUCAACACUGGCCUCAUACAAGGGUGCUCAAAUUUUUGAAGCUCUUGGUCUUUCAUCUGAGGUGAUUGAGAAGUGCUUUGCUGGAACUCCAAGCAGAGUUGAGGGAGCUACAUUUGAAAUGCUCGCCCGUGAUUCUCUUCGUUUGCAUGAGUUGGCAUUCCCUAGGCGAGCUCUACCUCCUGGAAGUGCAGAGGCUGUCGCACUGCCAAAUCCAGGGGAUUACCAUUGGAGAAAGGGAGGUGAGAUUCACUUGAACGAUCCUCUUGCCAUAGCAAAGCUCCAAGAAGCUGCCAGAGCUAAUAGUGUAGCUGCUUAUAAAGAAUACUCUAAACGCAUUCAAGAAUUAAACAAAGCCUGUAAUUUGAGGGGGAUUCUGAAGUUUAAGGACUCUGCAAUCAAGGUUCCACUGGAUAUGGUGGAGCCAGCCAGUGAGAUUGUGAAACGAUUCUGCACCGGAGCUAUGAGUUAUGGGUCUAUUUCAUUGGAGGCGCACUCAACUCUUGCUGUUGCGAUGAAUAAGAUUGGAGGGAGGUCUAACACAGGUGAGGGAGGUGAGCAGCCUUCUAGAAUGGAGCCUUUUUCAGACGGUACGAGAAAUCCAAAGAGGAGUGCAAUUAAGCAGGUUGCAAGUGGGAGAUUCGGUGUAUCAAGUUACUAUCUAACAAAUGCGGAUGAAUUGCAGAUUAAAAUGGCUCAGGGAGCCAAGCCUGGUGAAGGUGGUGAGCUACCUGGGCAUAAGGUUAUAGGAGAUAUUGCAGUAACCCGAAACUCCACUGCUGGUGUUGGCCUCAUCAGCCCUCCUCCUCAUCAUGAUAUCUAUUCUAUUGAAGACCUUGCUCAACUGAUUCACGAUCUCAAGAAUGCCAACCCAGGAGCUCGGAUUAGUGUCAAGUUGGUAUCUGAAGCUGGCGUGGGUGUGAUAGCUAGUGGAGUGGUGAAGGGUCAUGCUGAUCACGUCUUGAUCUCAGGUCACGAUGGAGGUACCGGAGCUUCUAGAUGGACAGGCAUUAAAAAUGCCGGGCUCCCGUGGGAGCUUGGUUUGGCCGAAACCCACCAAACACUCGUUGCCAACAACCUUCGAGGCCGUACUGUUCUCCAGACCGAUGGUCAACUAAAAACCGGAAGAGAUGUAGCAGUUGCUGCACUUCUCGGUGCAGAAGAGUUCGGCUUCAGCACAGCACCUCUCAUAACUCUUGGAUGCAUCAUGAUGAGAAAGUGCCAUAAAAACACUUGCCCGGUUGGCAUUGCCACUCAAGAUCCAGUUCUGAGAGAAAAGUUUGCUGGAGAGCCUGAACACGUCAUCAAUUUUUUCUUCAUGUUGGCUGAAGAGCUUAGGGAGAUAAUGUCCGGGCUCGGCUUCCGCACGCUUAACGAGAUGGUUGGUCGUGCGGAUAUGCUGGAAGUUGAUAGAGAUGUUGUUAAGAACAACGAAAAGCUUGAAAACAUUGACCUUUCACUCCUACUUAGACCUGCUGCUGACAUCCGCCCGGGGGCUGCUCAGUAUUGCGUGGAGAAGCAAGACCAUGGUUUGGACAUGGCUCUGGAUAAUAAACUCAUAACGCUCUCUAAACCGGCCUUAGAAAAGGGUCUUCCUGUGUACAUCGAGACGCCAAUAUGCAACGUGAACCGUGCCGUCGGUACAAUGCUGAGUCAUGAAGUCACCAAGCGGUAUAAUCUGGCAGGGCUUCCGAAAGACACCAUUCAUGUGAAACUCGAUGGAAGUGCUGGGCAGAGUCUUGGUGCUUUCCUUUGCCCUGGUAUAACACUAGAGCUCGAGGGUGACAGCAAUGACUACGUUGGAAAAGGAUUGUCAGGUGGAAAAAUCGUGGUUUAUCCACCAAAAGGAAGCUUGUUUGAUCCGAAAGAGAACAUAGUGAUUGGUAAUGUAGCUCUCUAUGGAGCUAUCAGCGGUGAAGCAUAUUUCAAUGGUAUGGCUGCCGAAAGAUUCUGUGUACGGAACUCCGGAGCUACUGCAGUUGUUGAAGGAGUUGGUGAUCAUGGUUGCGAGUACAUGACAGGUGGCACUGUUGUUGUGCUAGGGAAGACGGGGAGAAAUUUUGCUGCAGGCAUGAGUGGUGGCAUUGCCUAUGUUCUUGAUAUUGACGGGAAAUUCCAUUCUCGUUGCAACCCGGAGUUGGUGGAUCUCGAUCGAGUCGAGGAAGAAGAGGACAUUAUGACUCUCAGAAUGACGAUACAACAGCAUCAGCGCAACACUAACAGCCAGUUGGCUAAGGAAGUGUUGGCCGAUUUUGACUAUCUCCUCCCUAAGUUCAUCAAGGUCUUCCCGAGAGAUUACAAGCGUGUGCUUGCGAGCAUGAAGAGUCAAUCAGCUGCUAAAGAGGUUGCUGAGAAGAUGGUUAAAGAAACUGAGGAUCAAGAUGAGGUGGAGUUGAAUCCGAAAGAUGCCUUUAACGAGCUAAAAAAGUUAGCAGCUGCAUCAGUGAAUGACAAAUCCAUUCAGGUGGAUGAAACUGCCGAAUCAAAGAGGCCAAGUCGGGUCAAUGAUGCUGUUAAGCAUCGUGGGUUUGUUGCGUAUGAGCGUGAAGGUGUUCAGUACAGGGAUCCUAACAUCCGUAUGAAUGACUGGAAUGAAGUAAUGGAGGAAUCAAAACCUGGCCCUCUUUUAAAGACUCAGUCAGCUCGCUGCAUGGAUUGUGGUACUCCUUUCUGCCAUCAGGAGCACUCGGGAUGCCCGCUUGGAAACAAAAUACCCGAGUUCAACGAAUUAGUUUAUCAAAACAGAUGGCGUGAAGCAUUGGAUCGUCUUCUCGAGACAAAUAACUUCCCAGAAUUCACUGGCCGCGUGUGCCCUGCCCCGUGCGAAGGUUCUUGUGUUCUUGGCAUAAUUGAGAAUCCUGUCUCUAUAAAGAACAUAGAAUGUGCUAUUAUCGAUAAGGCCUUCGAAGAAGGGUGGAUGAAGCCAAGGCCUCCUCUCAAAAGAACUGGGAAGCGAGUUGCGAUAAUCGGAAGUGGACCAGCAGGUUUGGCCGCUGCCGAUCAGCUGAACAGAAUGGGCCAUUUGGUGACUGUCUAUGAGCGUGCUGACAGGAUCGGAGGGCUUAUGAUGUACGGAGUCCCCAACAUGAAGACUGACAAAGUGGAUGUAGUUCAACGACGUGUCAACCUCAUGGCAGAGGAAGGCAUCGACUUUGUGGUCAAUGCUAACAUCGGAGUUGACCCUGAGUAUUCUCUAGAGAGGCUCCGGGAGGACAAUGACGCCAUUGUUAUGGCAGUCGGAGCCACCAAGCCAAGAGACCUUCCUGUACCUGGACGGGACCUGCAGGGAGUCCAUUUCGCCAUGGAGUUCCUUCACGCCAACACUAAGAGCUUGCUCGACAGCAAUCUGGAGGAUGGCAACUACAUAUCCGCCAAGGGGAAGAAAGUGGUGGUCAUCGGCGGAGGUGAUACUGGGACAGACUGCAUCGGGACAUCCAUUCGCCAUGGCUGCAACAGCAUUGUGAAUCUAGAGCUUUUGCCUGAGCCACCGAAGACUCGAGCACCAGGCAACCCUUGGCCUCAGUGGCCUCGUGUCUUCCGGGUGGACUAUGGACAUCAAGAAGCUGCAAACAAAUUUGGAAAGGACCCACGGUCUUACCAAGUGCUGACCAAACGGUUCGUGGGAGAUGAGAACGGGAAGCUCAAGGGGCUCGAGGUGAUCCGGGUCAACUGGGAGAAGGAUGCCAGCGGGAAGUUCCAGUUCAAGGAGGUAGAAAGUUCGUUGGAGAUGAUUGAGGCUGAUCUCGCCCUGCUCGCAAUGGGCUUCCUUGGUCCCGAGGCGAACUUGGCAGAGAAGUUGGGUGUGGAGAGAGAUGCACGAUCGAACUUCAAGGCUGAUUAUGGCCGAUUCUCAACAAAUGUGGAAGGCGUGUUUGCUGCUGGAGAUUGCCGACGAGGCCAGUCCCUCGUCGUAUGGGCUAUAUCCGAGGGAAGACAGACUGCAUCCCAGGUUGACAAGUACCUCAUGCGAGAAGAGGAUGCUGACGCGAUCAGCAAGGAACGUGGUGAUGCGAGAGAGCGAGACUUGACUAAGAAGCAGCGAGAAGACAAACACAGGGUCAUGACAUAGGCAAUGGAAAGCUCUGACCUUUUCCAUUGCUGAUGGAUCAUACAGCGCGGCUGCUCGGAGAUAAAUAAUCGGUGGUCGUGAUGAUGACGAUGCAACAAUGUCAGUCAUGUUGUGAAGCUGAAGAUGGCUUUGAAAGGUUUAGCUGGAAGAUAGUAGUACAGGAACUAGGAAUUGUGUUGAUGCUGUUCCUUUUUGUGUUUUUGUUUCCCUCUGCCCCCAUGGUAUAGGUUUGAUAGUUUCAACAGCCACCUUAGUUUUGAGAGGUGGAUUUUGUGUUGGGUUUGUUGAGGAAAGAAUAAUGUGCAGUUUUGUUUGUUUAGGCGCUUUCCAACUUCAACUGCAAGCAAUAUAUAUGUAAUUUAUAUUGUAAAGGGGGAAAUCUAAUACUAUUUUGAUUCGUCCAGUUUUCUCAAACAUAUGAUUGUCCUGGUAGAGAAGAAAACCUGUACCCAAGCUUCUGUGUCCUGCUUUCGCAGUGUUUUUGUUUGUGUAGUUAAUCUCUCUUCUUUCUAUUGCCUAGUUUAUAGGCAACAUCAAAGCGAUCUUCGACGAAUGCAUAGCGUUCAAACUUCAAACACGUUCUUUUCCAGAGGCAACAAUUGACAUAUGUAGAACUGCCAACGAAUAUAGUUUCAUGUAACAG